CCCAUUACACAGCAAGUCUCUUCCCACUAUGAUCUCCUCCAAAACAACCUCAUUAACAACCCUUUAGCAACCUGCCCCGCCAACACAGCCCUCGGCAUGACAAUCAACGUCGACUUCCGCCGCGGCUCGGUCGACUCCUUCAUCGCCUCCGGCGGCGCCCCCUCCUACUCCUCCGACGGCGUGACCUUCUCCGUCUCCCGCCCCGGCGAAGCCCCCCAGCUCUCCUCGCUGUUCUACAUCAUGUUUGGCAGGGUGGAGGUAACGAUGAAAGCCGCCCCCGGAGCCGGGAUUGUCUCCUCGCUAGUCUUGCUGUCGGACACGCUAGACGAGAUUGAUUUCGAAUGGCUAGGCGCAGACGACAGUGAAGUGCAGACGAAUUACUUCUCAAAGGGGCAGACGACGACGUAUAACAGGGGGCAGUUCAACCCUGCGCCGAAUAAUCAGGGGGAGUUUAUCACUUACAUUAUUGACUGGACGCCGCAGAGGAUUCAAUGGUAUGUUGGGGGAACGUUGGUCAGGACGUUGGGGUAUGAUGAGGCGGAGGGGCAGUUUCCUCAGACGCCGAUGCAGGUUAAGUUUGGGGCU